AUGGGGCUUUCCCGGGGACUGGCGUACCCUGACAACCAAGUCUUCAAGUUGGCUGCCAACCCCAAGCCUGUCGCCCACUUCCUGGAGGCCAAGGAGGCUGGCAUUGUGACCCGCCCCGUCGUCCUGGGUCCCAUCUCCUUCCUGCCUCUUGGUAAGGCUGACCGUGGCCAGACACUUGAGCCAAUCAGCAAGCUGGAGGACCUUCUGCCUCUCUACAUCGACGAGCCCGUCCUCGUCUUCGACCUCGCUCUCAAGGUCAAGGCUGCUUUCAAGCCUGCUUACGAGAAGCUGGGCAGCCUUGGUGCUCAGGGCCCCUAUCUGACCCUAGCAACCUACUUCCUUGACAUUGUUCAUAAGAUUGAUGUUCUCCCUGCCUACAUAGCCUUCACGGCAUCCACGUCGACCUACUGGGUAAGGACCGUGUCCUCUAGCUCCCUCCUUCACGCCCCCCACACUCUGGCCUCCGAGAAGAACCUCAACCCCGAGGUCCGUGACUGGUUUAGCUUCGCUGUCGAGAAGCUCGAUGAGGUUGUUACGAUCGCUAAGGCUGUUACUAACGGUCCCGCUGCUAUUGCUAUCCGCGAGCAGCUCGAGGCCAACGCCAAGUCCGUUCAGGCGCGUGCCUCGUCUAAGCGCACUAACGAUCCCGCUGUUAAGGCCCGCCAGGAGGCUAUCACUCCCGAGAUGCACACCCGCAAGUCUCCCUUCCCCUCUCGCAUUACGGAGCAGACCAAGCAUAUCCAACUACCUAAGGCGAGAUCACCGCCGAGGAGUAUACGAAGUUUAUCGAAUCAGAGAUCGCCGAGGUUAUCAAGAUUGAGGAGGAGCUUGAUCUUGAUAUCUUCGUCCACGGUGAGCCCAAGCGUAACGACAUUGUCCAGUACUUCGGUGAGCGUUUUACUGUACGUCUUUACUGAGAAGGCUUGGGUCCAGUCUUACGGCUCCCGCUGCGUGCGUCCCCCGAUCAUCGUCGGUGACAUCUCUCGUCCCGCUCCUAUGACCGUUAAGGAGCCUAAGUACGCCGUGUCUAUCUCCAAGAAGCCUAUGAAGGGCAUGUUGACUGGUCCUAUCACCUGCCUACGGUGGUCUUUCCCCCGUGACGAUGUCCACCAGUCUGUCCAGGCUCAGCAGCUUGCUCUCGCUCUACGCGACGAGGUUAUUGACCUUGAGGCCGCUGGUGUCAAGGUCAUCCAGGUCGACGAGCCUGCUCCCCGUGAGGGUCUCCCUCUCCGUGUCGGUACCGAGCGCGAGAAGUAUAUUAAGUGGGCUGUCAAGUCUUUCCGUCUGUCCACUGCUGGUGUGGCCGAUAGCACUCAGAUCCACUCCCACUUCUGUUACUCUGAGUUCCAGGACUCCUUCCAUGCUAUUGCUGCCCUAGACACCGACGUGCUGUCCAUCGAGAACACCAAGUCCGAUGCCAAGCUUCUCAAGGUCUUUCUUGACCCGAAGUUCCCUGCUCACAUCGGUCCGGGUAUUUGGGAUAUCCACAGUCCGCGUGUCCCCAGCAAGGAGGAGAUGAUCGGUCGCAUUGAGGAGAUGCUGCAGUUUCUCAGCCCCGACCAACCUUGUCACCGCUGCCAAGCACUUCCGCCAGAAGCGGCAUUCUCAACCUGCCGCCUCCGAGCACGGGGAAUUGUUCUAUUUUCUGAUGAGUUACGACUAUGA